AUGUUGCAACCCCCCGAGCCGGCCUCGAGGCCGCUGAGUAUAAGGACGACGGGUACCAGUGCGACCCAGCAGGACAAGACUGGAGAAACCUGGAAGAUGAACGUUACCAAAGAGAAUUGCUGGGAGGAUUUGAUACUCACGCUAGAUGGGGGUGGCAUUCGCGGCUACUCGAGCCUCCUGAUCAUCCAACGCCUCAUGCACGAAAUCGCCGAAGCCGAACGCCGAAUACAAGCAGACGAAGGCCCCGUAGAAGGCAGCGAACGAAUCGAUUUCGACGAAAACGAGCUACUGCCAUGUCAUUAUUUCGACUACAUGUACGGAACCAGCACGGGCGGCCUCAUAGCCGUUAUGCUGGCUAGGUUACGGAUGAGCGUACCACAGUGUCUCGAAUUAUACCGCAGAGUAGGACACGAGCUUUUUGGGCAUAAAAGGAGUGUGCUGCCACUUGCUACCAAAUAUCACCACGAGCCGUUGGAGAAGGCCGUGCGAGAUAUUGUGAAGCAGUACUGUAAGGAGCACAAGAGCUGCACAGGAGACGACUGGCAUCCUUGGGUUCUGGAGGAAGAGGAUACGUCAGGGGUAGUACCGGUACAAGAGUCAGGGAUAGGCUCCUUACAAAGUUCAACUACAUGGUCAAGUGGUGCGCCCUCAGUCAGAGCCAAGCCAACAGAGCGGAUAUGUCAAUCGAUCUGCCUCACAGCCACCCACUCCGGUCAAAUCGAUGAAGCCUACCUCCUCCGCUCAUACAACCAUCAAUACGACCCCGACAUCGCUCCACCUUGGGUCACGUCUUACAACGCCGGUGCCGAUAAGUUGAAGAUAUGGCAGGUAACGCGGGCCACUUCAGCAGCCCCUUUCUACUUCGAGAUGCUCACGGCCGAUAUUGGUAGCGGCAAGAACAAAAAGCGAAUGAGCUUCAAAGAUGGAGGAAUUCGCGAGAACAAUCCCUCCUACGCUGCCUAUAGUGAACACGCUUCGCUGAAGGGCGACGACACGGAGCCAGGACUGUUGCUUUCUAUCGGAACCGGACGACCAGAUACCUCGAAUGACGGAUUCGCGGCAGUCUGGCCUGGUCCGUUGGGCAAAGUCAAGGCACUGCAGAAGUGGAGCGAGAAGUUGGCUGUUUUCAAGAAUGUUUUGAUCAAAUAUACCGAGGGUGAAGACCGUCAUAAGAUGAUGCGAACAAUAGCUAAAGGAGAGCAUCGAUGGUAUAAGCGCCUCAAUGUCGACAAAGGGCUUGAAGGCCUACCACUCGACAAUUGGGUGAAGGGACCAUGGACGAACCCCCGAACAAACGAAAGGAAAGAAGUUCCUGGUGGCAAAACCCUUUCAACUAUGGAGGAAGCGACAAGAGCAUAUCUUGAGAGAGAUAAUAUUGCUAGUCCAGGAGGCCUGACUGAAUAUCGGCCUCCUAAGAUCGUUCUUCAACAGGUUGCCGAGAGACUGGUGCGGCAUAGGAGGCUAAGAGAAGCAACAAAAGCAGAGGAUCUCAGGAGAUGGCAAACGCACAUGGGUCAGUGGCUCACUGGAGAACUUAAGCCAGAGGAUGCCAUGCGCGUACCUGUCCAGUCAGCGCCUAGAAAAGGAUCACGGGGCUUCGUGUCAGGGUCGCGGCCCAUUACGCCCAGCGGCGGCAAAGCACCCGACAUCGCUUCGUGA